AUAGACUCUUUAAAUGUGUAUAACAUGUGACCUUUUAACUGAGCAACAAACCAAGAUUUGCUGGUUUUAUGGGCUGAGUGUUACGCACACGCUGGUACUGUUUUGAUGACAAAAGAUACCGUUACUAGCACUACACACACAUGCACGCACUCGCGCGCGCACACGCAUCAAGUCACCAUGAGCGGGUUCACUGGCAAGCGGACUGAAAUCACACAGGGAGUCGAGCUGCAUGUGUUUUAUGUACCUGAACAUCAGUUUGAUCGGAGACUGAAUAAAGUGUCAGCUGACGCGGUGGACGCUUUCAUAUCGGCAGGAUUUAUCAGGGUGGAUUCAGAUGUGAGCCUUUUUGAUCUCAGAGAUAAUCUCGGAUCAUUUCUUGGACUGGACAGGAUUGCUGAUAAAUAUGUGUUUUUAAAAUGUGUUGGCAGAAGUUUGGCUCUGGUUAAAUUCAGACAGGAGAGAGAACUGACAGUAAAAUCAUUUGCUCCUCCAUUUGCUCCUUUUCCAGAACUCUACCUUCUGUCUGUGGGUGAAAAUGACAGCGGCCUUUGCUCCAGUUCACUAACUCCAGAUACAAUAAUCAGCAUUACUGAACAUCACAGUCAAGAUUUACUCAGAUCAACGUGUGCACCUGACCGCAUUAAAGAGACCAUUAAAUUACCAUCAAUCAACAAAGCAGCUCAACAGUCUGUGCUCAUGCAGACAGAAGAGGAGAUCGACAGCGAUGAAAACACACAAUCUACAGAAAAUCUGAUAUACAGUUCAGAAGAUCAGAUGAUGCCUCCACCCAAACAGCCUGCAGAAAGGCACCUUGUGAAACAGAAACUUUACUCUCAUGUUAAAAUGGAUGCAGUCACACAAAAGAAACACAGUUUUCAAAGAAACUCCAGAGGAGAUCCAGGGUUUGAGGAUUCUGACAACUCGUCUGUACUCGUGAGGAAAUUCAAUACCUCUUUGACACUGAAAUCAGCAACUGGAGAAAAAUCAGAUCACGUGGUUUCCGCGAGUAGACCAAACUCCCCGCUCCCAACAGUGUGUAGUUCUCAGCUGUCUCUCUAUUCACUGGAACUUCAUACACAACAAACAGACGCAUAUGAUGAGCUGAAGAGAGAAAUUAAGUUACUUAAAGAGCAGAGAAAACAGCUUGAACAAACAAGACAAGAGCUUUUGAAAAAGGGCAGAGAGCUUUUAGCUCUUAACAGACACCGCAGGAACCAAGCGCGUGACAGGUGGAAAAGGAAAUAUUUUGAUGCAAAGAAGGCAACAGCUCAACAUGAGCAAACUCUCAGAAGAGUUCGACUUGAACUUCACACCUUCUAUUGUAAAAUGCUGCGACAACUCCAAGCCCGAGAUGAUACAAGACGUCAAACACAAGCAGGGAAACUAUCAAGCACAAAGAAUGAUCUGAUAAUCCAGAUUAUGACGGAGAGUUGUGAAAUUGAUAAUCUGAGGAAAAAUAUGGAUGAUGCUAAAAUGAAACUCGCCAAAGAGAUCAAGCUGAGGAAGCAAACUUUCACAGAACUGCAGACACUAAAGGCAGAGCUGAUGCAGAAGAGAUCGCAGUCUGAUUUACAAAGAUGAUAUUUUUAUUUCAUUUAAUUUUGUUUAUUAUUGAUAAUCUUAUGCCUUGAGUUGUUAUCCCGCCUGGUUACAGCUUCAGUUGUUGGACAAGCCUAUAGACGGUUUCAUCAGAUACACAGGGCCGUAGCCAGCCUAAUGAAGGGGGUGGGGGGCAUUUCAAAAAGUUCCCAUUUUAUAUUUCAAUGAUUAUUAUACAUGUUGUACGCAAGUUUAAGACAUAUUGAUUAAAGCAGACCCACAGAAGUGGUGCUUUUAACAAGAUUAGGGUGUCAGGUUUAGAAUAGAUGUUUUUAUUUUGAGAGAUUAAUUAUUGCAGUCAUUGCAACACUAAGGAUUUUUCUACUGGCCCGGUCACUUGCCCCACCACAAAAAAGUACUACAUAAAGCAGGCCUGAUUAGGCUAUUGUUUAAUUGUUUUUGACCUAUGUGACCUCAAUAGGGUUAUGACAUCAAAAACUAACUUAUCAUUAUAUAACAUAAUGAUACAUAAAGUAUAAAAUUUCCAAUAUUGUUAAAAACAAGUAAACAGUAAAGUGUGAACAAAUAAUCAAAUUAUGAGCCUUUGGCAGUGAGGGGGGGUUCGUUCAAACCAUCCAAACCCUCCUGGCUAAAAGCCUGACGCAUGCACACUGUCGUGGUUAAGCACCUGAACUUCUAAAGUGAACUUAUUUGUCGGUCUGGCUAGUGACUAAACUGAUCUCUGAAACAAAUACCUUGUUGAAAAUAAAAAAAGACGAGGGAAGACAACGAGAAUGGAUUUCAACUGUGCGGAGAGGUUUGGCAGCCAGCCAGAAGUUACGUUUAGUCCACAAAAGCCGCUUGAAUAAGUUAUUGCUGCUGAAACCAUCUAUAGGCUUCUGCAAAAUAUUGAUAUUGUCUAUUGAUGAUCCAACAAUGUACACCUUCUAGUUGUCUGGGGCUCACUGGCUCUUGUUUCCUUAAUAAAAACACCCCCGACUACACUUUUCUUUCAUUUUGCUUGUAUUGAAGAUUUUAUUGAGCCAGAGUUAGCUGUCAAUGUAUUAAAUUAAACAAAUUAACAAACUGUAUGAUACAGAAUCAUUAAGUGCAAUGUUAAAUUGGGAAUAAUAGCUGUACAUU